GGUGCAGCAGCGCUUAAGUUGUACUGGGAAGGUUGGCACACCGGUUUUCUUGCGCAUAACUGGGAAGUUUGAAGUAUACCCAAGGGAGUUCAGAUAACUUUUACUGAUUUAAAAGGACUUCUUUUUUAGUUAUAACUGCGUUUUUUCGUUCCUGGGAGCGGUGACAAGUGUCUUGGCGACUUUUUUGCCGUGCGUAAUUGUUCUUCCAAGCUCCAUCAGAAAGACUCCCAGACGAGACUUUGCGUUUAAAGGAAGGACACUGCAGACGAGGAUACGAUGACAGCAGUCAGAAUGGUUCCAUCAGUGCUGCUGCUGAUGCUGAUGCACUCCGGAGCUCUUUGCGCACGGCGGUUCCGGGGUGGCCGCAACCCGCAACCACGACGCGCAGCACCUCCUCCCACGUACCGGGCGGACCGGGUUGACACCACGGAGAGCUUCCCUCUGGAUUUCACCGCCGUGGAGGAGAACAUGGAUAACUUCAUGACACAAGUGAAGAACCUGGCGCAGUCCCUCUACCCGUGCUCCGCGCAGAAGCUCGACUACGACAUGAAGCUAAACUUUUUGGGGAAUACGUCAGUAACUUGCAAUGACGGAAGCCCCGCUGGGUACUACCUAAAGGAAUCUCGAGGCAGCAGACGGUGGUUGAUAUUCUUAGAAGGUGGCUGGUACUGCUUCAACAGAGAGAACUGUGACAGCCGGUAUGAGACAAUGCGGAGACUGAUGAGCUCAUCCAAAUGGCCCCAAACUAAAACAGGCACGGGGAUCCUGUCUCCGCUGCCCGAGGAAAACCCUCACUGGUGGAAUGCCAACAUGGUGUUCAUCCCGUACUGCUCCAGUGAUGUGUGGAGUGGAGCUACGGCCAAAACAGAGCAGAAUGGUUAUGCCUUCAUGGGCUCACUGAUUAUCCAGGAGGUUGUGAAAGACCUGCUGAAUAAAGGUCUGGACAACGCCAAAGUUCUGCUGUUAGCAGGAAGCAGUGCGGGUGGUACUGGCGUCCUCCUGAACGUGGACCGUGUUGCAGAGCUGCUGGAGGGACUCGGCCACACCGGGAUCCAGGUUCGAGGACUGUCUGAUUCAGGCUGGUUUUUGGACAACAAGCAGUACCACUGCACAGACUGUGUGGAUGCCGUCAGCUGUUCCCCCACAGAGACUAUAAAGAGAGGCAUCAGGUACUGGGGAGGAGUGGUGCCAGAGAGGUGUAGGCAAACCCAUGAGGGAGAGGAGUGGAACUGUUUCUUUGGAUACAGGGUGUUCCCAUCAAUCAGAAGCCCGGUGUUUGUGGUCCAAUGGCUGUUCGAUGAGGCGCAGCUGACAGUCGACAAUAUCCAGCUAACAGGCCAGCCUGUGCAGGAGGGGCAGUGGCGCUACAUCCAAAACCUGGGCAUUGAGCUGAGGAACACACUUAAAGAUGUCCCGGCUAUGUUUGCUCCAGCGUGCCUAUCGCAUGAAGUUAUCACAAGAAAUUAUUGGAUUGAUGUCCAAGUCAAAGGCACCUCCCUGCCCCGAGCGCUGCACUGCUGGGACCGCAGCCUCCACGACAACAGGAACAACAAAGCCCCGCCCAAAGGCUGCCCCGUACAUUUGAUCGACAGCUGCCCGUGGCCGCACUGCAACCCCACCUGCCCCACCAUCCGAGACCAGUUCACAGGACAGGAGAUGAACGUCAUUCAGUUCCUUAUGCACAUGGGCUUCGACGUGCAGAAGAUGGCCCAGCAGCAAGGCAUGGACCCCAGCAAGCUACUGGGCAUGCUCAGCAGCGGCAGCUAAAGGGACGCGUGCACACAGCACCUCCAAGCUAACGCCAAGCAGGGCUGGCUGUUCGGCCUCCUCCUGCCUGAUACCUCCAACUAAUACUCCAUCUUCACAACCCAUUCUACCUUUAGUCUAGUCCACUUUGACCUCCAGUCUACUCCAGUUUGAGCCUCAGUCAAACACGGGGGCUUAGAUUUGUCCCAUGAUUCCUUUCCUCACUCCUGGUGACAGGGGCAACAUGCCACAAUGACAAGGCACAACUCUCGGCUACUCUCUGUUUAAAUUAUCUUUUGCUUUGUAAAAGAAAAAAUACCACGAAUGUAAUCCAGUUUUAAGGAUGCUCAUUGAUGUUUUUUAAAUAUUUUUUUCAUCCUUCUAUAUAGAUUAUAUAUAGUAAUUGUUUUAAAAAAGAAUACGCCAAAAUGACAUAAGGAUGCUGUUUUUUAAGUAGUCAUUAUAGAGUUUAUAAGGGUUUAUUUGUGUUUCAUAGUUGGGCUCUAAUAACACCACAUCACUCUAAAGCAUACAUCAAAAUAGAAACAGGGACAUAUGAAGAGAAAAACACAAAUUUUGUAUUUGGAUUUCUAAAAACACAUGAUGAACAUAAGGGAGACUAAACUGAUACCAACUCUAUGGAAGCCAAAAAUGACCAUGCUGCAAUAAAUUAACUAAUACUGAAUUUCAACAUAUUAUGCAAAUUGUUAUAUUCUCAUAAGACUUAAAAAAAUGAUUAUCAACCUCAUAUAAAAAAAAAAUCAGGAAAAAAAACAGAUCAGGAGUACAAUGCCAUCAGAAAAGUACCACAAGAUCUAGCACAGACAAAUGUGCAUCCUGUCUCUCUGUCACAGAAAAAAGAGGAUUGUCCCUUUAAUUCAAAGAUAUUAUACAUAAAUGCAUCACCAAAGUCAAUGCAAGCCCCUUUCACAUAUGCAUUUCAGACCAGUGGUGCUUAUCUGGUGUUGCCUCAGGAUCCACCAUCAACUCCUUAAAGAGUUAUCACAACCCAAGUUUCUGUAUUUGUUAAUUUCCAAUCAGAUUCAUUUAAUUAAACACUGAGCUGGCUGGAGUUCAGACAGUAAAAAGGGGUCAGAAACUGAAGAAAAUACUGUAAAGUUUCCAGGAAAAGUAUCAUAGAGGAUUCCUAAAAGUUUCUGAGACAUGUCCCAUAUAAAAGUUCCAAUACUUUUCUUGGAAGGUUCCCAAAAAUUCUGAACCAAACCUUCUGGAAAACACUACUGAAAGGUUCUGAGAAAAGUCCAAAUAUUUACUGGUGAAUAUUCCAAAAAGUUCCUAGUUAUUUGUGAAAUGUCUUUGGAUUUACAGAGAAUAAUACCAAAAGUUUCUGGGAAAAUUUGCCCACAGAAAACUUUAAAUUACUUUAAGUUUCCUAGAAAAGUUCACAAGGAAAUUCCUCAAAGAUUUCAGAUAAAUUGACACAGAAAAAUUGUGAAUAAUCCUGAAACGAUUCUGUCAAGCUCUGUUUUGGUUUCCUUUCUGCUUUCAAAAACUUAAACUUACUGAAACAAACACGUUCAAAAGCGCUUCAUAGCCUCUUUGACAAUUUUUGCUCCAAGCACCCACUCCCACUUUUGGGUCCCAACUCAGCAGUUGAAAAUCACUGCUCCAGGCAAUUUCCUGCAAAUUUCAGAACAUUUCAAAUGAACACUAUGUCCAAUGAGAUGUAUCUACAGUAUCAGUAAAUGAGUGGAAAAGGACAUACUAACAUGCAAAAAAGAGUAUGAAGCAAUCACACUAUAAUCACUAAGAUUCCCCCCAUUGUUAAAUUCGUUGCGUGACAUAAAUUCCCACUCUGUAGUGGGAAAUUUUCCAAGAAACUGGCAAGUAAAAUUGCAGAACUAGUUAAGGUAAAAAACACAUCUGUUUGUGUCCACACAUGCAGCUCAACUGGAAGAAGUUGGGAAAUAUUCAGGGGAGAAAUGUAUAUGUGAAAGGGGCUUGAGAAAUCUUAACAGCUGGACAUAGACUUGCUGUUUAACCUUGUGUUUCUAUGAAAGUCCAGCUGAGUCAUGAGCAUAACUGUGCGUAUGUACUUGACUUUACAUGUGUUACUGGAGGGCAUCCCUAGAGGGCACACAAGAGAGCUCAGGCACAUAAAACUACCUAAUUUGUGUAAUGUUAACUACAAACAAAGCAACACUUGAGGAUGCAAUGUGAAUUCAGAGAUCAGUGUCAUCAAAUCAGCGCAGACCGAUGACCGACAGCAUUGUGUAAACUCUGUUUAAGUUACGAUUUCCUCCACGCAUGAUUGUGCGAGUGACCGUGGUAACAGGUGCCAUUUAGCCAUAUGCAUGCACAGAUCUGUCAUUAAAAACUCUCAAAUGAUCUCUGUUAUAUUUACAGACAAAAUAACUAUUUUAGAUGAAAAUUUUGCCAGCCUAGCUGUUCUUGGCCUCCAUACACCACUCAGCUUGUGCUGUAAUGCCAUGUUGGAUUAAUAGUCUUUAUACAUUUGGCUACUAAAAAUGAAAGAUUCAAACAGUCAUAUAUAUCAGAACUUUUACUCUGUUGAAACAGAACUACAGCAUGUGCUAAGACAAAAUGACAAAAUAUCAAUGCAUAAGUAACUAACUUCAAACACUGUUUAAAUGUAAGUCUUAUUUACAGAUUUAACAGUAGCUUCGAUGUCAUUAUCGCCCGGUUUUGACGUUCCCUGAUGGUGCUAAUGUGGACCUGGAAACUGUAUAAGGGCCUAUUAGUACCUUUUACAUACACCACAGUGCCAUUACAUCUAGUCUAUACCUCUUUUUCAAUGGUCCGAUCAUUACAAGGCGACUGUUCAAGCCCGAUCACAGGGUACACAUUCAUGUUCUAUCACCUCAGUAGUUCAGCAAUCCUCCGAUCAAUGCAAUGAACAUUUAAAGGGAGACAAAUAACGUGUAUUGUAUAUUUUUUUGAGUAUUUGUAUAGGUUCUUUCAAGUGUUCACUAUUGUAACUCCCUUCUUAUAUUUCAUAAUAGAGAUCACUUUUUAAUAUAAUGAUGAUGUUGUAUGUAAUGAUGUCUUUAUAAAUGAUGUUUUUAAAGGACCUCUAUUUCGCAUCACUCCAGAGAAGGAAAAGGUAUUACUAAAUGUAAUUUUAUUCUGUAACAUAUUUUUUAACAGAAAAGAAAA